GUAGGAGCUGUGAAACAGCGCGAGUCUCAUCAUCAGCACCGCAUCGCCAGGCAAGCAGCCUCAAGACCCACCGACCAACGGACCCUCAGUGGUCCCUCAUCACAAAUACUAUAAUAACGGAGAGGAGGUAGACUCCUCACGAGACCAUGUCAGGGCCCCGGUGAACAGACAAACAGAUUUAUUCUCUUUGUUCGCGUCGACGCACCGCUCGCCGCCGAGGAGGGGCCGCAGAAUAGUGCUCUCUCUCUCUCUCUCUGGCGGAGGAGUGGGGGAAGAGGAGAAGAGAAAGCAACAGAGAGAACCGAGGUAUUUUUCUACCGGAUAACCUAAUGGCAGAGCGCGAGCCGUCACCGUUACCACUGGAGGUUCGCGCCCGGCUGGCGGAGCUGGAGCUCGAGCUGUCAGAGGGUGACAUCACACAGAAGGGUUAUGAGAAGAAGCGGUCUAAGCUGAUCAGGGCCUACUUCCCUCAUCCUGGAGGUAUGGAGGGUAUGUCUCACCGCCCCCCCUUUGCCCCCCCAUCUGCUGCUCGCUUCCACAGACGGCGCUCUUCUGGAACACGUGAUGAACGCUACCGUUCAGAUGUCCACAGUGAGGCAGUGCAGGCGGUGUUAGCCAGACAUGUGGAGAGCAACGUGGCAGUCCCUAUGCCCUCCAAACGACGAUCACUGGUGGUACAGACAUCCAUGGAUGCGUACACACCCCCAGGCCUGUCCCCACUGUGCUCAGACUCGUCGUCGGGCUCAGAGGAAGAGGCGGGACCAGGCAAUGACAUGCCGGGAAUGGAACACUGGAUGACUCGCCCUGCCCACUUAGGUCCAGCCCACCUAGGCUCCACCUCCUCCUCGUCCUCGUCCACUCAGAGCGGAGGAAGUGGCAACGCAGGACGACUGGCCGACUCGCUCGCACACACACACCUCUCACACCCACACCUGGCACACGCCCACCUCACACACACACACCUGACCCAGUCACACCACGUGUCAGCUCACCACUCACAAACACACCACGGUAUAGGGCACCUGUCUCUGAAGCGUAAGGCAGCUCUGGGCAUGGCGGAGAACGGAGGCUCUCUCAGAAGAUCCUGUGAGUUCGGCUCUGAUAUGCUGUGGCCUCCACCACUGGAGUCUGACGAGAAUCACUCUGCUCCUCCUGAUGUGACUGGCUAUUCGUCUGACUCCUCCCACUCCCGCCCCCACUCAGAGCGCCACAUAGGAACCAUCGCCCGAAACACUCAGAAAUACGGCAACGCUGAACGCAUGGAGACUGGAGAUGGUGUCCCGGUCAGCAGUCGUGUGUCUGCUAAGAUCCAGCAGCUAGUGAACACUCUGAAAAUGCCUCGUAGACCUCCGCUAAGAGAGUUCUUUGUUGAUGACUUUGAAGAACUUCUAGAAGUCCAGCAGCCAGAUCCUAAGCAGCCACGCCCGGAGGGGGCAGAAAUGUUGGCAGUAAGUGGAGAAGCCCUGGGGGUGGUGACUAACUGGCCACCCUCCCUGGAGGCAGCUCUCCAACGCUGGGGCACCAUCAGCCCUAAAGCGCCCUGUCUCACCAGCCUGGAUACCACUGGCAAACCUCUAUAUGUACUCACAUACGGGAAGCUGUGGUCUCGGAGUAUCAAGCUGGCCUAUAACAUCCUCCACAAGCUGGGCAGCAAGCAGGAGCCCAUGUUGCGACCGGGGGACAGGGUGGCGCUGGUGUUUCCUAACAAUGACCCGGUGGCCUUCAUGGUGGCCUUCUACGGCUGCCUGCUGGCUGAGGUGGUCCCUGUACCCAUAGAGGUGCCCCUCACACGCAAGGAUGCUGGCAGCCAGCAGAUUGGGUUCCUAUUGGGAAGCUGUGGGGUUACCGUGGCACUGACCAGUGAUGCCUGCCAUAAAGGCUUGCCCAAGAGUGCUACAGGAGAGAUACCACAGUUCAGAGGGUGGCCUAAGCUGCUGUGGUUCGUGACUGAGUCGAAGCAUCUCUCCAAACCUCCUAGAGAUUGGUUCCCUCACAUCAAAGAUGCAAACAGCGACACAGCCUAUAUAGAGUAUAAAACGUGUAAGGAUGGGAGUGUCCUGGGCGUGACAGUGAUGAGGAUCGCUCUGCUGACUCACUGCCAAUCCCUCACACAGUCGUGUGGCUAUACAGAAGCGGAGACCAUAGUGAAUGUUCUAGACUUUAAGAAGGAUGUGGGACUGUGGCACGGCAUCCUCACGAGUGUGAUGAACAUGAUGCAUGUGAUCAGCGUUCCCUACUCUCUGAUGAAGGUCAACCCGUUGUCCUGGAUACAGAAGGUCUACCACUUCAAAGCCAAGGUAGCGUGUGUAAAGUCCAGGGACAUGCACUGGGCUCUGGUGGCCCACAGAGAGCAGAAGGACAUCAGCCUGAGUUCCCUCCGGAUGCUGCUGGUCGCCGACGGAUCUAACCCCUGGUCUAUUUCAUCCUGUGAUGCGUUCCUCAACGUGUUCCAGAGUAAAGGCUUGAGGUCAGAGGUCAUCUGUCCCUGUGCCAGCUCUCCUGAAGCCCUGACCGUUGCCAUCAGGAGGCCAGUGGAGGACAGUAGCCAGCCACCAGGCCGAGGGGUUCUCUCCAUGCAGGGUCUGAGUUACAGUGUGGUCCGCGUCGACACGGAGGAACGCUUGUCAGUCCUCACUGUGCAGGAUGUGGGCACUGUUAUGCCUGGAGCCGUAGUGUGUGUGGUGAAGCCAGAGGGUGUGCCUCUCCUGUGUAAGACAGAUGAGAUCGGGGAGCUGUGUGUGUGUUCUGUCGCCACGGGAACCUCUUACUAUGGAUUGACAGGCAUGACCAAGAACACCUUUGAGGUGUUCCCUGUAGCCUCAGGUGGAGGCCUGGUCAGUGAGUAUGCGUUUGUGCGUACGGGGCUGCUGGGCUUUGUGGGUCCAGGCGGUCUGGUGUUUAUCUCCGGAAAGAUGGACGGCCUCAUCAUGGUCAGCGGGCGCAGACAUAACGCUGAUGACAUCGUAGCCACCGCACUGGCCGUGGAGCCAAUGAAAUUUGUCUACAGGGGGAGGAUAGCAGUGUUCAGUGUGACCGUGCUGCGUGAUGAGCGUAUCGUGGUGGUAGCAGAGCAGAGACCAGACUCUACUGAGGAGGACAGCUUUCAGUGGAUGAGCCGCGUGCUGCAGGCGAUAGACAGUAUCCAUGGUGUGGGUGUGUUCUGCCUGGGGUUAGUUCCAGCCAACACCCUCCCUAAGACCCCCCUGGGGGGUAUACACCUGUCUGAGACCAAACAGCUGUACCUGGAGGGGGGGCUGCACCCCUGUAACGUGCUCAUGUGUCCUCACACCUGUGUUACCAACCUGCCCAAACCACGACAGAAACAACCAGAGAUCGGUCCUGCCUCUGUGAUGGUGGGGAAUCUGGUGUCUGGGAAGAGGAUCGCUAUGGCCAGCGGUAGAGACCUGGGACAGACUGAUGACAACGACCAGUUCCUGUUCCUGUCAGAGGUGCUGCAAUGGAGAUCUCAGACGACGCCUGACCACAUCCUCUACACACUGCUCAGCUCCCGGGGGCUGGUGUCUAGUUCUCUGACCUGUCUUCAGCUCCAUAAGAGGGCGGAGAGAGUUGCUGCCCUGCUGCUGGAGAGAGGAGGACUACAGGAGGGAGACCACAUAGCACUGGUCUACCCACCAGGUAUAGACUUGAUCGCAGCAUUCUACGGUUGCCUUUACGCUGGCUGUGUUCCUAUCACUGUCAGACCGCCCCACCCACAGAACAUCUCAACCACACUGCCCACAGUCAAGAUGAUCGUAGAGGUCAGUCGUUCGGCCUGUGUGAUGACCACAGCAGUCAUCUGUAAGCUGCUGCGGUCGAAGGAGGCGGUCGCCACAGUGGACAUCAGGAACUGGCCUCCCGUCCUGGACACAGAUGACCUGCCAAAGAAGAAGCCUCCAGCUCUAUAUAAGCCCUGUAACCCUGAUGCCCUGGCCUAUCUGGACUUCAGUGUGUCCACUACUGGCAUGCUGGCUGGAGUACAGAUGUCCCAUAAUGCGGUGGGAGCGUUCUGCCGAUCGGUGAAGCUGCAGUGUGAACUCUAUCCCUCCAGAGAGGUAGCCAUCUGUCUCGACCCCUACUGUGGCCUGGGCUUUGUCCUCUGGUGUCUCUGCAGUGUGUAUAGUGGCCACCAGUCUAUCCUGAUCCCUCCAGUAGAGUUGGAGUCUAACCCAGCGCUGUGGCUGCUCGCUGUCAGCCAGCUCAGAGUCAGAGACACCUUCUGUUCCUACAGCGUCAUGGAGCUCUGCACUAAAGGACUGGGCCUGCAGACAGAGGCACUGAAGGCACGGGGCCUGGACCUGUCCCGUGUGAGGGCGUGUGUUGUGGUAGCAGAGGAGAGACCCAGGAUGUCUCUAACACACUCCUUCUCCAAGCUGUUUAAAGACCUGGGCCUGCACCCCCGAUCUGUCAGCACAGCAUUCGGCUGUAGGGUCAACCUGGCUAUCUGUCUACAGGGAACCUCUGGACCGGAUCCCACUACAGUGUACGUGGACAUGAGAGCUCUGCGGCAUGAUAGGGUGCGGUUGGUGGAGAGAGGUUCUCCUCACAGUCUCCCUCUCAUGGAGUCAGGAAAGAUCUUACCUGGCGUCCGCAUCAUCAUCGCCAACCCAGAGACCAAGGGACCGCUGGGAGACUCCCACCUAGGAGAGAUCUGGGUGCACAGUGCCCAUAAUGGCAGUGGAUAUUACAGUGGUUAUGGAGAGGAGGUCCUUCAGUCUGAUCACUUCACCUCCAGACUCAGCUUCGGAGACACGUCCACCGUCUGGGCUCGCACCGGAUACCUGGGCUUCUUACGACGUACUGAACUCACCGAUGCCAGCGGAGAGAGACAUGAUGCUCUGUAUGUUGUGGGCGCGUUGGAGGAGGCCAUGGAGCUGAGGGGGAUGAGGUAUCAUCCUAUAGACAUAGAGACCUCCGUCAUCAGGACGCACAAGAACAUCAUGGAGUGUGCGGUGUUUCCCUGGACUAACCUGCUGGUAGUCGUAAUAGAACUAGAAGGCUCGGAGCAGGAAGCCCUGGACCUGGUUCCCAUGGUGACCAAGGCGGUGCUGGAGGAGCAUUACCUCAUCGUUGGGGUCGUCGUAGUAACGGACAUUGGGGUGAUCCCCAUCAACUCUCGCGGGGAGAAGCAGCGCAUGCACCUCCGGGACGGCUUCCUACAGGACCAGCUCGACCCCAUCUACGUGGCUUAUAACAUGUAACCCAGCCGCCCAUCCUGGGGGGGUGGACCUGAGUGAGGGGAUGUGUGUGUAUGUAUGUGUUAGCAUGCGUGUGUAUGGAUAUGUGCUUGUAAAUCGCUAGUGUUAAUUUUAAAUCAAGACGUACUGUAUUUUUGAAUCUGCACAUGGUCAUAUGGUGUGGUGCCAGUUGUCUGAUCCUUUAGUUGUGCUGUGGUGGAGGUAUGGCUGUUUCUGCACCCCAGGUUAAACCUGACACCUAGACAGGAAGUCACUGUACAAAACCUUAAGGGAACACUGUGUAUCGAUAGACAGGAAGUCACUGUACAAAACCUUAAGGGAACACUGUGUAUCGAUAGACAGGAAGUCACUGUACAAAACCUUAAGGGAACACUGUGUAUCGAUAGACAGGAAGUCACUGUACAAAACCUUAAGGGAACACUGUGUAUCGAUAGACAGGAAGUCACUGUACAAAACCUUAAGGGAACACUGUAUCGAUAGACAGGAAGUCACUGUACAAAACCUUAAGGGAAUACUGUGUAUCGAUAGACAGGAAGACUGACUGGACCACUAGUAGUUGUUGUUAGGAGAGAGAGAGAAAAUAUCCCUGAACAUAUCUGUUUUGUUGAUGAAAUAGACAUUAAAAAUAAAGUUAUUCAAGUAUAUUGUCAGAAGAAGACAGGGGGUUCAGAUUAGUGUAUAAAUAUAAAUAUUGUAUAUAAACAUAAUCUAUAUGGAGAGAUAACUGAAACACACUGAGGACUAGCCCUGUUAUACAGCUCUCUCCACCCACACCCUGUGUACAUGUGUGUAUGUGCGUGUGUGCGCGCGUGUGUGCGCAAUGCAGUGCAGUGCACUCCUCUUAUUAGAAUCACAUUCUCGAUUUGUUUCCUAAAACCCAUUGACUCCUAAAUGCCAAGUGAAUCCGUUAGAAGUAAACCAUUGUUUCUAUCCCACAUUGUUUAAACAUUGUACGCAUAUGAUUGUGGUAAUAUGUGAUUCUGCUAAGCAGAGAGCCCAGUAAGUAGCAGGGGGGGAAUGUAGUUGCAAGGAGUUAUGAAACCCAGCUCUGGACCAGAGACACAAUGCUUUCUAAAUGGCCCCGUUUCCUUUAAGGUACACUACUUAGGACAAGUAGGACUCCGUGUAGGGAAUCAGGUGCUAUUUGAGACACACCCACAGUGAAAUGUUCUAAAAGAGACACACCCACAGUGAAAUGUUCUAACAGAGACACACCCACAGUGAAGUGUUCUAACAGAGACACACCCAGUGAAGUGUUCUAACAGAGACACACCCACAGUGAAGUGUUCUAACAGAGACACACCCACAGUGAGGUGUUCUAACAGAUACACACCCACAGUGAAGUGUUCUAACAGAGACACGCCCACAGUGAAGUGUUCUAACAGAGACACACCCACAGUGAAGUGUUCUAACAGACACACCCACAGUGAAGUGUUCUAACAGAGACACACCCACGGUGAAAUGUUCUAACAGAGACACACCCACAGUGAAGUGUUCUAACAGAGACACACCCACAGUGAAGUGUUCUAACAAAGACACACACCCACAGUGAAGUGUUCUAACAGAGACUCACCCACAGUGAAGUGUUCUAACAGAGACUCACCCACAGUGAAGUGUUCUAACAGACACACCCACAGUGAAGUGUUCUAACAAAGAGACACACCCACAGUGAAGUGUUCUAACAAAGAGACACACCCACAGUGAAGUGUUCUAACAAAGAGACACACCCACAGUGAAGUGUUCUAACAAAGAGACACACCCACAGUGAAGUAUUCUAACAAAGAGACACCCACAGUGAAAUGUUCUAACAAAGAGACACACCCACAAUGAAGUGUUCUAACAAAGAGACACACCCACAGUGAAAUGUUCUAACAAAGAGACACACCCACAGUGAAAUGUUCUAACAAAGAGACACACCCACAGUGAAGUGUUCUAACAAAGAGACACACCCACAGUGAAAUGUUCUAACAAAGAGACACACCCACAAUGAAGUGUUCUAACAAAGAGACACACCCACAAUGAAGUGUUCUAACAAAGAGACACACCCACAGUGAAAUGUUCUAACAAAGAGACACACCCACAGUGAAGUGUUCUAACAGAGAGACAGUUUAUUUAUUUAUUUUAAAUAUGUUAGUCAUAAGUUAUUACUUAUGGCAUCUUAUAUGCAUGUUAUCAGUUAUAACUUUUCUGUGAAAAACAUUUUAGUGCUCCUUAUGCUUUGUUUACAUUCAUCUUUUGAGUUUGAUCAUUAAAAACACAACACAUUUCAUUUUUAUUUAAUUCAUCAGCUACUUUUGUCUCAGAAAGCUAUAAUGUGAUGCCAUGUAUGAAAAACAUGCAUAUCAUGACGUGUAUUUAUUUGCUUGUCAUUCUGUACUGGAGAAUGGUGAUGACAUUAUCAGCCCCUGACUGUGUGUUGGAGAGAAAUGAGUCUGGUGGGUAGGGUUAAACCUGGUCCAGAAACUAGAGGUGAGAGAGACUGCAUGGUGUGUGUGUGUUCGUAUGUAUAUAUUGUGUGUAAAUAGUGUUUUGUACGGUACAGGUGUGUGUGACUGUUUUGUACACAUGAUGAAAAGAUCAAAAGGACACUUUUAUAAGAGCCUUCCGUUGGCUCAAUGUCAUACUAUACGGUGCAAUAAAGUGCUUUGAUUGGUG